UCUUUCUUCCCCUUCGUUGCUUCCCCCACCUGCUCUCGUCGCCGUCGCUAUCUUUCUCUCUCUCCAAGGAGGCCAAUGGCUGACGCCGACGCGAAGGCCCCUCCAAAAUCGAACCUCGAUGCAGACCUGAUCGCCUCAAUCUCCCCCUCCUCCAAUUCCUCCGGUGCUCGGAAUGCCGUGGCGAUCGAGAGCCAGUUCGCAGACCUCGCAAUCUCUGACGAGCUACCCAAGCCUUCGGGAUGGGGCGAUGAUGCCGUCCUUGGUAUUGCCGGAAGCGAUGAGAUAACCGGAGAGAUCACUGGAGGAAAAGUGCAGCCGGUGGCGACAGCGGAUUCGAGGCCUCGGUUUCCGCAGCGUCACGCGGAGCCGGAUUGUACUUACUACUUGAAGUUCGGAACUUGCCGCUUCGGGAUGAAGUGCAAGUUCAACCAUCCGGCGCGAAAGAAGAAGAAUAGGGUGAAAGCGAGUGGGAGUAGCAGCAGCGGGAGCAACGACAUCAGUAAUAAAGCUUUUCCGCCGGACGAUGAUCAGACUCCUAAAGAAGAAUAUGAAGAUCUUGUUCCAAAUAUUUCAGCUGAAGUCGAUUUGUUGAAGGGAAGAAUGGAGGCAAUGCAACUUAAGAUUGCUGAUGAGACUGAAAAAGGAUUCUAUUUGAAGAAGUUUAAAGAGACAGAACAAAAGAUUCUGAAGGUUGCUAAAGAGAAAAGAAAGGAAACUGUUUCAGAAGGUAGUGCUCAGGAGGAAUGUAAGUAUUACUCAACGCCCGGAGGAUGCAAAUUUGGGGAAUCUUGCAGAUACCUACAUUACGAAGGGAAAGAAAGGAAAACAGAAGUUGCAAAGGUUGAGCUGAAUUUUCUAGGUCUUCCACUUCGUCCAGGAGGAAAAGAGUGUCCGUACUAUAUGCGCAUUGGGAGCUGCAAAUUUGCCACCAACUGCAGAUUUCACCAUCCGGAUCCUAGUAAUGUGGUUUCAAGAGAUCCAAUGUUGGAGCAUGAGAAUGGCGAUAUUCCACAACAAAAUGUUCAAGCAUCUUCUCAGCUGAAUGUUCCAGUAUGGUCUGCUGACCAAAGGGCAUUGAAUGAGCACUGUGCUCCUUUUUUAGCUCCAGCAUCCUCAUACAGUGCGGGAAUGAUUCCACCUCGGGGAAUGUAUCCAUCUCCAGAAUGGAGUGGGUACCAUCAGGUUCCAUUAGGUCCAUAUUACCCUCCUGGAAUCGCUUUUCAUCAUUUUCCAACUCCUGUGAAUCAUCCUAUGUACAGGGGAGCAGAUGUACCGGGACAUCAAGAACUGCCCUCCGAUGAAUACCCAGAGAGACCUGGCCAACUUGAAUGUCAACAUUUUGUUAAAAGUGGGUUUUGUAAAUUCAAGGCCAAGUGCAAGUAUCACCAUCCAAGGUCACUUGUGCCUCCACCAACAGCCGGAGCUCUUAGUCCUCUCGGCUUGCCACUCAGAUCUGAUCAGCCCGUGUGCACAUACUAUGAACGCUAUGGAGUCUGCAAGUUUGGGCCAGCUUGCAUGUACAAUCACCCUUUUAAUUUUGGUCAUCCUGUAUCCGCAGCAGGGCCACCUCUCUCUGCUCAAUACCUCACUUCAGGAAACUACACGGUCUAGCAAGCAGGGCCGAUUUUUUUUCUGUGGUCACCAUGAUGCUUGGAAUAACACUUCCACUUGUAAAAUAGCGCAGCUGAAAGUUGCAGGGUUUUCAUGUUGACGAUAGAGAUCUGGUUUGCAAGUCAGCAACGAAGUUGCAUGAAGUUGGGUGCAUAGCAGCUGGGAUUCGUAGAAACUAAACAGGUUUCGAUACAUACACUGCUGCCCCUUUAUAUUUUAGAGCACUUGACGGUUCGUACACAAUUGUUGCGUCACUCAAGCCCACUUUUUCA